GCUCUCCUCCUUGAUUCGUCCUGCAGCGUGCUUCAUGCAGUCCAUCUCUUCGUUGUUCACGCAAUAACCUCUGCCAAUCACCAACAUCAGCGCUUCCAUUCCAGCCCUUCAGCGAUCAUGGCGAGAUACAUCUACCGCCCGGGAGCGCUCUUUGCGUGCAACAAGCUGCUUCACAUUCUUCUCGGCCAGGGGUUGUCAGUUUCAGGCCGUAGGGAUUGGAAAUAUGCUGGGGAGUUGAUCUUCUUACAAAGAUGAGGUGCUUUUCCUCAGUGUCCGUCAUCUGCAUCUUCAUUUUUGCUUCUGUACCAGGACCAGCAAAAGCUGCACCCCAUAGUAUUUGGACUGUCCAGAUCGACAACAGUCCAGCACCGCCCCCAGACGAAGGUCCUCCUCUCUCAGCUGGAGCUUUGAGAGACAGAUCUAAACUCAAGUACGAGAUUGCCGGUAUCGUCGGAGCCUACGUCUUCUGGUUGCUCCUUCUCCUUGUCCUACUCCUUUUUGUCGGUAAACGACUGCGGCGGAAGCAUCAGACAUCCAAUUUUGCCCUAAGCAUGGAGAUCUUGAAACCGGCACCACUGGUCAACCACCACAAUGCGGCUGUCGAACCUCCACUGCGGAGCCCUGGGAAGAUGGCUAGUUUGAAAUCAUGGGCAGGCGCUGGACGGUCGCACUCUCGCAAACAAUCGAGUGUGACUGUCUCGACGAUUGACGAAAAGAUACUGGAAGCGGACAAGGUCAAGAACAUGGACGAAAUGACAAAGCUGUAUGCAGCCGUCAUGAUGCACGAUGAACAGAGGUCUCAGCAAGCCCUCAGCAGCAGUCAGACAACUCCGAGGACACCCUAUUUCCCACCACAACAUGAAGGUCUUCCCUCUACACCUCGAUCACCAUAUCAAGCUCCGCCUACCCCAAGGUCACCAUACUAUCAGCCACAUCCAAGUGGCCCCGUCUCACCACGGUACCCUGCUGAAUUUCACCAACUGCAAACUAUUGCCCCAGAAACCUCAAAUCAAGAAGCUGGUUCACCGCGAGCUCUCGUUCACCCUUUGGCGCCAACUCCCGAUGAAGAUUAUCCGUCACUAUCAGCGUCUCAAGCUGGCAGUCACCGAUCCAAGCUGUCCCCAUUUUCCAUGAUUGCUGGUCGGAGAGACUCUGUCGAUCAAAACAAGAGACGCCCAGCCCAGAUCUCUGUUCGCGGGCAGGCUAUCUCGCAGCCAAUCGGGUCGGCCACUCUUACCGAGUCCUCUGUAUAUUCCGAGCAAGGCAAUGUAACUCCUCGCCUCUAUAACCCCGGACCACCGCCACUCACACCCGGGCAGAAGUCUACUGCAACUUCCGCGCAGGACGUCGAGAAGAAAGGCCCUCCAGCCCCGUUAUCCCUGCGCAGCGCUGCAGCCUCCAACAGUUCCAACACACUUCCGUUUCGCCAGUUCUACAAUGAGUCCUUAAGGAGCGCCCCUCCGACAAAGACUACAUUUUUGGACCGUCGUGAGAGCAUCUUGGGGGUGCACCCCAAAACAGGUGUUCCUCAGACUCCUUACAGCCCAUAUAUGCCCUUCACACCGAUGACGCCGGUUACUCCUCGAACGCUUGUAACCAAGAAGGAGAUGAAGAGGAACCGGAAGAAGGAGGGUCUGAAGGUUUUAAGCGAGGACGACAUGGUCCGGAGCGAUGAAGAUAUGUGGGGAGAAAUGAAGUGAGGCCUUCAUGUUGCCUAACGUUCUAUAUUACUGCCUUAUCUCCAUGUUCAGCGCCUGUCAUCGGAGUUGCUUUAUGGGACAGUGGAUCUCAUUCAGCUGCUG